UACCAGCUGCCCGUAUCCCGCGUGGUGCCUGACUUCCGGGGUCGUUUCCGGCAAGGCCUUUGGAGACAGUUGUGCGGCAAGAUGAGCGUCUUCUCGCGCCUCAGGAACGGAAUCCCACCGUCGCGAGACGACUGCCAGUCUCCCUAUGAGCGACUAAGUCAACGCAUGUUGGACAUCUCCGGGGACCGAGGUGUGCUGAAGGACAUCAUCCGAGAGGGCACUGGCGAUACCGUGACACCUGACGCUUCUGUGCUGGUGAAAUAUUCUGGAUACCUGGAGCACAUGGACAAGCCUUUCGAUUCUAAUUGCUUUAGGAAAACACCUCGGCUGAUGAAACUUGGAGAAGAUAUUACACUCUGGGGCAUGGAGCUGGGCCUUCUGAGCAUGCGCAAAGGGGAACUGGCCAGGUUCCUGUUCAAGCCAGCCUAUGCUUACGGCACCCUGGGGUGCCCUCCCCUCAUCCCGCCAAAUGCCACCGUCCUGUUUGAGAUCGAGCUGAUUGACUUCCUGGAUUCUGCUGAGUCAGACAAGUUCUGUGCACUCUCAGCUGAGCAGCAAGAACAGUUUCCACUCCAGAAAGUCCUCAAAGUAGCAGCAACUGAGAGGGAGUUUGGCAACUACCUUUUCCGCCAGAAUCGCUUCUGUGAUGCCAAAGUGAGAUACAAGCGGGCUUUGCUGCUGCUCCACCGACGAUUGGCCACCUGUGAGGAGCAGCACUUGGUAGAACCUGCCGUGCUUCUAGUCCUCCUUAACCUGUCCUUUGUGUACCUGAAGCUAGACCGACCUGCCAUGGCCCUGCGCUAUGGGGAGCAGGCUCUGCUCAUUGACAAAAGGAACGCCAAGGCCCUCUUCAGGUGUGGACAGGCUUGCCUCCUCCUAACUGAGUAUGAGCGGGCCCGGGAUUUUCUAGUGCGAGCUCAGAAAGAGCAGCCCUGCAACCAUGACAUCAAUAAUGAGCUGAAAAAGCUGUCCAGCCACUACAGGGACUAUGUGGACAGAGAGAGAGAGAUGUGUCACCGCAUGUUUGCUCCCUGUGGAAGCAGAUCUUCAGUGGGAGGAAACUGAAGGGUCUCAGCUACUGCAAGCAAGACUGGACUCCUCCAGUGUACUGUGGCUGGGGAUGGAUGGAGCUCCCUAGCGCAGACUGCUCCAGACACCUCUGGAAGACAGACACCCUGCCAGCCCUGACUGUUACUCCAGGUUCACACACAGUAGCAAAGGUAGUCCCUGGUAGCAGAGAACUGCUCAAAAAAGUAGGUUGUGUGUGUGUGUGUGUGUGUGUGUGUGUGUGUGUGUGUGUGUGUGUGUGUGUGUGUGUUUGGCUUACCUCCCAGCCUCACCACCACCUCCUUUCCAACUGCUGAUGUCAGUGGGUCAGUACAGAUAGAAAGGCUUUGUAUAUUCUGUUGGGUUUUUUGAAGAUAAUUAUGUUACAAUUGUUUUUGUUGUAAAUAAAACAUGUUCUUGUCCUAGCA